UCUCACAAUCCCUUCACAUAAACAGAUAUCUGUCUCUGAGUCUCCACUCAAAGCGGAAGAUAACAACUUAAACAGAAGAAGAAGAAUAUGUUAUCUGUGGGAAUGGGAAUAGAGUGCAAGGCAAACCUGAACGCCGCCGUAUUGCGGCUGAAGCUGCCGCAGCAAAAGCUUCUAUUUGUCAACAGUGUUAAUCAACGAGCAUUGAAUUUGAAGCCGAAGACUUGUUCUUUCUCUGUUUCUCACUCGCUGCCAGAGCUGAGGCUCGGACAUACUCGUGCCGCAAGAAACGUCAGGCUCUCCGCCGCCGCCGAGUCUCUGGUCGCCGAAGAAACGGCCACCGAUGACGACAACACCGCCCCGGAAAAAGAGAAGCUGGGAGUGGUGGUGAAGCCAUUUGAGAAACCGAGGCUCGUAUUGAAGUUUAUUUGGAUGGAAAAGAACAUCGGCAUUGCGCUGGACCAGAUGAUACCCGGCCAUGGCUCCAUCCCUCUCAGCCCCUAUUACUUCUGGCCGAGGAAAGAUGCGUGGGAGGAGCUCAAGGUCUUGCUCGAAAGCAAGCCCUGGAUAUCUCAGAAGCAGAUGAUUAUCCUUCUCAAUCAGGCUACCGAUAUCAUCAAUUUGUGGCAGCAGAGCGGCGGCAACCUGGCGUAAGCUUUUAUGUAGAAAAUCCUAGUUUUAAGCUGCUGUGUCUGUGUUAUAGUUAGCAAUGCCUCUUUUGCAACACAUUUUGGUUGUUUGCGAAUCACAUUGUGUUAAAUUUUCUUAUCUCUCUUCAGAUGAUAUCGACUGUAUCUUCCGAGUUCCGAUCA